AUGAAUGCUAUGAUGAAGAAACUCAAUUUAAAAGAUUAUCUGUCGGAGGAUGGAAAGUUGGAUUUAAGUAUAAUGAAUUUAAAAGCUGUUCCACCGAUAAAAGAAAUUGAUGAUUUUGUUAAAUUAGAAAAUAUUCAUACGCUUGAUUUAUCAAAGAACAAGUUAACAUCAUUGCCAGAUAAUUUUGGCCUAAUGAAAUCAUUAAAACAAUUGGAUUUAUUUGAUAAUCGCAUUCGUACUUUGCCGAUAAGCUUUUGUGAAUUAACGAAUUUAGAGUAUCUUGAUUUGAAGAAUAAUGCUUUAGAAGAAGAAUGGAAUGAAAAAGCUGGAAAAUGUAUUACGCAGAAAGAAUGUCGAGAGUGUGCGAAAAACGUUGUGCAAUACGCUGCAGAGUUAAUGAAAGUUUUUGAAAAAGAACAACAAUUAAAAAUGAAAAAGAAAAUGGCACAGGAUAAAAUAAAACAAAAAAAAGAAGAAAAAAUACGUCAACAACAACGUGAACAAAAAAAAUUAGAAAAAGAAGUUCGUCGUCGUGCAAUAUUGGAAGCUGGACAACAAGAGUAUGAGGGAAAAGAUAAUACUGAUAGAAUCGAUUCUAAAUUGAAUGUAGCUCAUACCACUAAACGAACAUUACCGGUUCAUGGAUUUGGUAAGAGUAGAAAAGUACAAAUACCUUGUCAACUUGAAUAUGUUUUUCUUUUUUCAGGUAAACGGUUAUUUUAUGUGUUUCUAUCAACGUUUGGUUUUAUUUCGAUAUUUUUAUUUGUUUUUUUCAUUUUAAACAAUUAUUCUAUUAUUG